AUGGGCCGCGGCUCCGGCAGCGCGGAGCUGGCCAUGGCCGCACCGCCCGCCCGCUGCCCCGACUGCCCGGGGCCGGAGCGGGGAGGCGGCGGCGGGACCCCCGCCGUGCCACACCUCGGCAUUGCGGUGGACGAGGGGGACGUGCUGCCCGGGGCGCUGCGGAUCGUGCGGCGGCUGAGACCCGCCUGGGAGCCGGCCACGGUGAAGACCAAGCUCUUCACCGAUGGCAUCACCAACAAGCUGGUGGCCUGCUACACGGACGAGGGCAUGGCGGACGCGCUGCUGGUGCGGGUGUACGGCAGGAAAACCGAACUGCUGGUGGACAGGGAGGCGGAGCUGAGGAAUUUCCAGGUGCUCCGAGCCCACGGCUGCGCCCCCGACCUCUACUGCGCCUUCCAGAACGGGCUCUGCUACCAAUUCCUGCCGGGAAUCGCGCUGGGACCCGACCACGUGAGGGAUCCCCACAUCUUCAGGCUGGUGGCCCGGGAGAUGGCCCGAGUCCACGCCAUCCAUGCCAACGGGAGCCUGCCCAGGCCCAUCCUGUGGCAGAAGCUGCACAAAUACCUCAGCCUGGUGAAGACAGAGCUCAGCCCAAAGGUAUCCAACGCCAGCCUGCCGCGGGACGUGCCCAGCCCCGAGGCGCUGGAGCAGGAGCUGGCCUGGAUGGAGGAGACGCUGUCGCAGCUGGGGUCGCCCGUGGUGCUGUGUCACAACGACCUCCUGUGCAAGAACAUCAUCUACGACAGGACGCGAGAGCGCGUGCGCUUCAUCGACUACGAGUACACGGGCUGCAACUACCAGGCCUUCGACAUCGGCAACCACUUCAACGAGUUCGCAGGUGUGAAGGAGGUGGAUUAUGGCCUCUACCCCAGCAAGGAGACGCAGCUGCAGUGGCUGCACUCCUACCUGCAGGCCUACAAGGAGCUCACCCAGGGCCAGCCAGGUGACAGCCAGGUGUCCCAGGAGGAGCUGGAGACCCUCUACGUGCAAGUGAACAAGUUCUCCUUGGCGUCCCAUUUCUUCUGGGCCUGCUGGGGCCUGAUCCAGGACAAAUAUUCCACCAUAGACUUUAAUUUCUUACGAUAUGCAAAGUUAAGGUUUAAACAGUACUUCAAGAUGAAGCCAGUGGUCACAGCCCUGCAGGUCCCCAAGUAGGGGCCACCCCGAGCUCUCCUGUCCUGGCCGUGCCCUCGCGCCCCCCUCGCCCCUCGCCCGGCCUGGCCACGGUGACAAGGGGGACAAGAGGAGCCCUGGCCCGGCCACCACCUCUCCCAGGAGAGCCUGGCCACCCCUGAGACGGGACCAUGAGGUGCUGGAGAGGACCAGGGCCCCGGCGAGGCCCCAGCCCACGGCAGGAAGCCUCACCACCGCCUUAAAGCCGAGCCCCGCUCGGCCCCGGUGCCCGGCAGGUCCGUGCCCUGCUGGCACUGCUGCUGCUGCCUGGCACUGUCCCCUCCCCCUGCGCUGGCCCCGAGGGGGACACGGGGUCACCCCGGCUGCUCAGAGCCCCCAGAGCCGCCCCACUUUGGUCACUUUGGCUGCCCCACUGUCCCCUCCUGCCCUGCUUGGUGCCACCGGGGUGCCACCCCCAAAGCAGAGCUGUCCCAGGUCCCUGCUGGCCCCAGGGACAAGACCCUUGUCCCCGAGGGGUGGCAGCUGCGGGCAGAGGGGCAGGGCCAGCCCUGAGCCCCUGGCACCAGUGGAGUGGUGCUGGUGGGCACGGGGUGCCCACCCCCCCCUGCGGGGAGUCCCCACAGCUGCCCCUGCCUGUCCCCACUGUCCCCUUGGCUCGGUGGCUUCCCCCCCACCCCCAGCUCUGCCCUCAGGGUCAGGGGGUCCGGGGACAUCCAGGGGGGUCUGUCCUGCCUGUCCCCACCCCUGGCAGGAGGUGGCACGGAGGUGCCCCCCUCCAGGACCGGGCACAGCUUCACCCCCCCUCCCCCUGCCCUGCUGAGCCCCGUCCAGCUCCUCGCAGCAGUCAGGGCCCUGUGCCACCCCCCCUGCCUGUGGGGACAAGGUGACUGUCCCUUCUCCGGGCACAGGGACCUCCCCCAGGCAGCCCCAGGGCUGCUGGCACAGCCGUGUUUGAUUCAGUGGGAAAUAAAAGCUGCUGGUAGCUGGAAUUUGGGGCUGGAGCAGGGGCAGGCCCCCCCACCCCAGGCUCUGGGGGUGCUCCUGUCCCUUCUGUCCCCUGAGAUGUCCCCACCCAACCCUCACCCCCACCCUGGUGAAGCCCAGGCCCCGCUCUCUGCUCCAAAAAGUCACUUUUAUUGUGCCAAGGGCCAGGGGGAGGAAGGAUUGUAAACAGGGAUGUGAAAUAUACAGGUUAAGUUACUCGUCGUCUUAUUAACAAAAUAAAGCUCUAUCUAUAUUUACAA